AUGGCGUACGUUGUGCGAUUCAUCGACAACAGUAUCUUGAAGCACAGAAAGCAACCUUUACAUCUAGGUGCACUGACUAGGGAUGAACUCCAGAAGGCGGAAAGGUGCUUGUGGAGAAUUGCACAGGGCGACGGGUUUCCGGAUGAAGUAGCGGUGUUCAAACACAACCUUCAGUCAUCUCAACGGCGGAAUCUAGAACGAGACAGCCCACUAAUCAAACUCACGCCAGCGAUAGACGACUUCAACGUGCUGCGAGUGGACGGCCGCAUUCAGGAAGCUGACUUCGUUGAUUAUGACGCCAGAAAUCCAAUCAUCCUGCCAAGAGGACAUCGUGUGACUGAUCUGCUUUUGGACUGGUACCACCGAAAGUACCAGCACGCAAACGACGAAACGGUGGUGAACGAGGUCAGGCAGCGUUUCUACAUACCAAGGCUGAGAGUACAGGUCCGUCUGACGAGAAAACAGUGUGGAUGGUGUAGAGUGUAUAAAGCAGUCCCAACCGUACCAAGAAUGGGACCGCUGCCGAAAGCUAGGCUGAUGCCAUUCUGUAGGCCAUUCACCAUGGUUGGAAUUGACUAUUUCGGACCUUAUACCAUACGAUCACCGACAGGAAGAAGUACGAUAAAGCGGUGGGUUGUGUUAUUCACCUGCUUAACCGUCAGAGCAGUGCACGUAGAGAUUGCAGCCAACCUAUCGACGGACUCCUGCAAGAAAGCAAUUCGUCGGUUCAUCGGGCGCAGAGGUGCCCCACGUGAGAUCUAUACGGACAACGGUACCAAUUUUGUUGGUGCGAGCAGAGAGUUGGCAGCGGAAAUACGGAUGAUCAACGAGGAGAUUGGCAGCACUUUCACUGACACACAAACACAAUGGCUGUUCAACCCACCGUCAGCGCCGCACAUGGGAGGAUGCUGGGAGAGGAUGGUGCGGUCAGUCAAAACCGCCUUAGGAGCCAUUCCUACCGUGCGCAUCCUGGACGAGGAAUCGUUUGGCACCGUGCUCGUCGAAGCGGAGUCUAUGGUCAACUCUAGACCUCUGACCUUCAUUCCAAUAGAAACAGCUGCGCACGAAUCCUUGACGCCAAACCACUUCCUUCUUCUGAGCUCUACAGGAGUGCGACAACCAGUCAAGAGCUCUGUGGACGAAAAAGCUGCAAUCCGCAAUAGCUGGAACUUGAUUCAGAACACCCUGGAUGGAUUCUGGCGGCGAUGGGUUGAGGAAUAUCUUCCGACCAUUACGAGAAGAACUAAAUGGUUCGAUGAUGUCAAGCCUAUACAAGAGGGUGCGCUAGUAGUUGUGGUUGAUGGGAGUAUUAGGAACCGGUGGCAAAGAGGGCGAGUGGUACGAACAUAUCCAGGUAGAGAUGGUACUGUACGAAGGGCAGAUGUUCAGACCUCCAGCGGAAUCCUUCGACGUCCAGUCGUAAAAUUGGCCGUGCUUGACGUGGAUGCAGAAUGUGACACCGAAGCAAUUGCUCUGGUGACACGAGGGGCGGAAUGUUAG